AUGGAUCUCAUCUCCAACAAUACGUACGCCUUUCCCAGCUCAUCUCCUCUGGAGAUAGCUGUCAAAGCCGGGAGCCUUUUCGAAGCCAGCUCGACGGCUAUUUGGACUAUUUCUGCACUUGCAAGUGUGUCACUUUUUGCUUGGUUCCGAGCCCCAUGGAAUGAUGGCAAAGGUCACAGCAUUCCCAAAGGUCCGAGAGGCCUUCCCAUCGUUGGCUCUUUCUAUGCCUUGACAAGGUUCCCUGAACUGACACUGGACUUCUGGGCCAAGAAGUUUGGAGAUUUGUAUUCUAUUUGGCUCGGAAACCAGCUCUUUGUUAUUGUCUCUGAUCCCAAUGUUGCAAAGGAUCUCAUGGUCACCAAUGGCAACGUAUUCUCGUCCCGAAAGGAGAUGUAUAUCAAGAGUCAGACUGUGUUUGCCGGCAGAGGUAUUACCGCAACCCCUUACAAUGACAGAUGGCGCAAGCACCGCCGCAUUGCCACUACAUGGUUGAGCCAGCGCGCCGUGGACACCUACUCUCCCACUUUAGACCGCGAGUCUCUUUCUUUGGUCAAGGCCUUGUUCGAGGAAAGCAAAGGCGGAUUAGUGCCUGUCAACCCCCAACCCCACGCCGGCCGUUGCUCUCUGAACAACAUGACUACCAUCACUUUCGGCUUCCGGACAGACAGCAUCGAACAUCCUCUCGUGGCCCAGGCUUUGAAGCUCAGUCGUGAAUUCAUGAACUGCACUGGUCCCAUGUCAAACCUGGUUGAUUUCGUUCCACUUCUGCAACGCAUCCCAACACCUAUGCACCAACGCGGAAAGAAGCUCCACAAGGGUCUAGUUGACACAUAUGGCGGAUUUAUCCAAGAUAUUGAACGCAGAAUGAAGUCUGGAGAGCAAGUCACUGACUGUCUCGCCAAGACGAUGGUUGAAGUGCGCAAGAAGGAAUCUUUGGAUGACUUGGACAUGGCAAUUCUCGCAUCUGCUUUCAUGAUCGGUGGUGUUGAAACGACCGCGGCCAUCAUGCAAUGGUUCUCUGCACUCAUUCCUGCCUACCCGGAGAUUCAAAAGAAGGCCCAAGAGGAGCUUGACCGUGUUGUCGGCAGGGGCCGCCUUCCUGAUGUCGAUGAUGAGAAGAACUUGCCCUACUGCCAUGCCAUUAUCAAGGAGGUAGAGCGCGUUCACAACCCCUUCUGGCUGGGUACACCCCAUGUGGCUACCGAUGAUUUUGUCUACAAGGGUCAAUACAUUCCUAAAGACACAGUGGUUGUCCUCAACACGUGGACAAUGCACAACGAUUCCACCCGUCACUCCAACCCUGAGAAAUUCAACCCUGACCGCUACAUCAAUGACCCCUUGACCUCCGCUGACAGCGCCAAUGUUGCCAACCCCAUGGAGCGUGAUCACUGGAUGUUCGGUGCCGGUCGUCGCAUCUGUCCUGGCAUGCUGGUCGCCGAGCGUGAGAUCUGGCUGACCAUCUCCCGAAUGCUUUGGGCAUUUGAUAUGUACGAAAUUCCAGGCGAGCCCAUCGAUCUGAAAGAGUACGAUGGUCUCUCGGGACGUUCCCCAGUUCCAUUCCGCAUUGGAUUGAAGCCUCGCCAUGACAACGUUGCCAAGCUUCUCGAGAAAGUGGAUAUUUGA